CUUUGGCUCACAUGUGCUGGCUACAAAUCAGCUAAUGACCCUUCAAUAACUCAAGCCAUAUGCCACAGAAACAUUAGAGCCUUGUGUGGCAAGUUCGAGCUGGGAAAUUGUCUGCCACUUGCGUGCUUAAAGGCUUCUUAACACUCAAUUUAGUUUCGGCCCAAGAAGAUGAACUUUAAAUUGUUUGCCUUAACUUGUACAUACGAAACUCCAUGGAUGGUGCAAGUAUAUAGUAUAUAGUUAUAGUGUGUCGCAAAUACCUUGGGAGUAAUAGGAUGAAAGGCCAGGAGUUGGAAACAGCGAGGAGCAAAUAAAAAGUGAAGGAAAUUUCCGGCUCAAGAUGCAAUUGUUCCUCUGCGUUUCAAUCAAGUUCCUUUUCUUUUUAUUGUUUGCAAUGCCUGCAAAGUUGUUCUACGUAUUCUACGAAUGGAUUUUUUCGUGUAUCUUGUUAUGCACUGAAAGAAACUGCUGGAAAUUGCAAUUUGCAACGUUCAGAUAAGCUUUUUUUAAGGCCUACGAAUGUCACGUUCAACAGCGAUUUAUUGCUAUAUUUACCUAAAUGUUUAUAUUUUGUGCACUUUUGCGUUGACAUGACUGUUUUUUUUUUCUUUUGAACUGCUUGGCAAGCUGAAAAUAGUUCAUAAUCCCCAUUGAUUGAGUCCCACAACCUUAGAACAGCCCCGACCCACGCACGACCGACCCCUCCCCCUCCUCCCACAACCAAGUACAAUGUUAAGUGGACUGAGGAGACGGCCAAGUGCACGCCGAGCACAAAAGCUGCAGAAUGUGGAAUAUGGCCAAAAGGACUGACUGUCUGUCUGUCUGUCUGUCUGGGGUGCUCAAUUAUGUGAUGUAUCCAGAAGUAUCCAUUCAGUGCUCUCCUCCUGCUCUCAAAGGAGCAGUCGCAAAAGGGCGAUUCAUCAAACCCACUUCCGGAUUAAUCCUGCCAUUCAGGGAUCAACGAACCCAUUCCUGCCGACGCAUCCAAGUUCACUUCCCAAGUGCAUUACUUGGUUGCCCCUUUCAGAUGGGCAGAAGAAGUUGAACAACUUCCAAUUAUCAUCAUACGACACACGUAAUUGAUGGCCCAUUUUCCUGUUGAAAUGAAUUAGGUUUCAUAUACAUACACACAUAUAUGAGUUAAUUCAGUCAACAAAGUUGAGACGUAGCAAACGCAAAUUGUCCAAGGAAUUUAUUUAUUCAAUUUGAAUGGACAACAAACAACAACAAGUGGGGGUGUGAAACUUUCGCCGCUGCAAAUGUGGGUUAAAUUCGCAGGCAAGUUGCGUUUUCAUUCGGCAAAAGUUUACUAUUUUUAAUUGCCCAAUGUUGCUCAGUUUGUGUUUAUCCCAAACUUGAAGAUAAUAAUGUACUUUGUGUUUGUUCAAGUUCAAUUUCAAGACAAACAGAGAGAUGAUAACCUUUCAAUGAUUGAUGUGCACAAGAAAUCUGGGGAUUCCCUUGAAAUAAUAUUUAUACCAAUCGAAGCUCCUUGCCCUCAAGAUCUAGUUCGUGUGCCUGGAACCAGUCAGCACUUGGAAAGUGCAAUCAUCAGCACUUUUUUGGGCCAACAAAGAAAUGACCAUUCCAGAAACUUAUCCGGACCAAUCAGUGCGAACUUGGAUCCACUUGAGAUUCAAUGGCUAAUCUAAUCGCUGUGUAGCCUGCACUAUACCUGCGCUCCAGUUCUUUGUGCCAGCAGUUAGUCCAGCGAUUCAAGAGCGAUUGAACGAUGGCCAGAAAGCGAGCACUGGGUACCCAACUGCCGCUCCUCGCGCUAGGCGGCCUACUCAUCCUGGGAUUGGCCAUAGUCGAUUCCCUGGAGUGCUAUGCCUGCGACUCCGCCGAGGAUUCGGAGUGUGCCACCCGACCGGGUCAGCAGCUGGAAGUGGAGGAGUGCCAGCAGACGGGCGACGAGUGUGUCACCUCCAUAUCGGCGGGAUUAACGCGACGCGGCUGCCUGGCGCGGCUGUAUCCUAAUGGCUACUGUGCCGCUCCAUGUGACCGGUGCAAUACGAGCCUGUGCAAUCGGCACGUUUAUCCCGCGGAUCGAUUGCGCUGCUAUCAGUGCAGCGGAUCGGAUUGCAUCGAUGUGGCCAGUCGGCCGCAGUAUCUGCUGCCGUGUCCGGUCUACCGGGAGGAUGACAGGUGCUACACGAACGUAGUCCACUUAUCCAACACCCUGCGCGGCUGUGAGCACACCAAUUUGCCGACAACCUGUCCGCACGUCUGCCUGAAGUGCAAUUACAACGGUUGCAAUGCGGAGAAGACCGUCACGGAAUCGCGCUGCCUUCAGUGCACCCACAAUCGAUUGGCCCCCAAUCCGGACUGCCUGCGCGACCAGGAUCCACAGGCGGCGCCGGAGGAGGAGCAGCCCAAGUGCUCGUUGAGCAACUCAACUGUGACGCACUGCGUCAACAAGGUGAUGUACGGGCACAGGGAGAACUGCUUCAGCUACCGCAACACCCAGACGGAGGUCCUCCAGAGGGGCUGCUCCACCGCCAUGGGAUUCUAUCCCACCGGCGAGCUAACCGAGUGCCACGGCGAAUUCUGCAACGCCAAUUGCCAGGACAUUGUCUGCGCCGCCUGCAACUCCACCGCGAAUCCUGGCUGCCGUGCUGGCCGCAAUUUGCCAACGGAAAAGUGCGCAGCGGGCACCACGGCCUGCUAUUCUUGCGAGCAAGAUACCUUCCUGCGACGUGGCUGUGCGGAUGCGAAUUUUGCACCCGCUGCCCUGGGCGAAAGUUGCCAGUUGUGCCGCGAUGCGGAUGGCUGCAAUCGCUUCUCCGUCCGGAGCUGCUACCGCUGCAAUGCCCAGGACCAGGAUGCGGACUGUGCGGCCAUGGACCUGCCCACGGCAAUGACGACCAGCAAUUGCUCCAGUCCCACGGAACUGUGCGUGAGCACGGUGGUCAGCCGAUUGGACGGGAUAUAUACGGUGCGCGGAUGCGAGGGUCAGGUGCCGGAGUGUUCCGCCAAUGAUCCGUACUGUGUCCGCUGCAACGGAAGUCUGUGCAACGAUGCACCCACUCUCUGGCGCCAAACGCAACUCGAUGUGGCUACGGAUCAGCAAUUGCCGCCUAGCUGGUGGUCACUCCUCCAGUACUGGUGGUCCAGGAAAAUCCGAUAAGCAGCCAUUACAUGGGUGGGUGGUCGACGAACGUAGCGUCGAUAACUGAUUAAUGGGCGUGGCCAGGGGGCGGAUGUGUUUGGCCGGAGGUAAUGAAGCGAGCGAAACGCCCCCGCAAAAUCGGGCAAACAAAAGCACGCGGAUAAACAAGCUACGGAUUAUUGCUGCUCAUUGAAAGUACGGAUUCCAUAAACAAGGAUUACAUAUUGUGUUUCAUUGAUCAUUCAUUUCAAAUUGUUUCUAUUUAAGAGAUUUCUAUACGUUUAAUGUUUACAUACUUUGUAUUAUUGCAUGCUUUAGAAAUUUAGAAUUUAGUUUUAAGAGCUUGAACCCAGUUUCCAUCCAAAUAUAUUCAUAUUUUUGAUAAAUUUCAGCAGGUUUAUGUUAUCAAAUAUCCCGUAAAGUGAGCACAAAUAUAUUAGCGGAAUUUAAG